CUUUUGUGAGCUCCCUGUGUUCCUGCUAUCAACGGAGUGUAGGGGGAGGCCACUGUGUGGGCCGAUCAAAGCUGAAACAGAUAGGUAUGGUAACAAGCACCGCAGAAGAAGUCUGUUUACUGCAAAGUCACCGCAGGAGGUCCACACAUCCGUUCCCCAUGAAAUUGAAAAUGCUGUGCCGACUCGCGAGGAGAAAAUGUCCUUCAUUGUGUCUGAGGAGAGAGGAGGUGCAGAGGUGUCAUUGUUAAAGGAUUACCAUUUGUCAUGAUGGAAUACUUUACAAAGUAUGAGCACAGAAGACUUUCUAGAAUAUGCAACAAAACCAUAGUCUGUCCUUCUGGCCCCGCACUAAUAGACAGUCAUUCAUUGGAAAAAUGAUGAUGUAGAAGUUGUUACCUGCAAAAUAUCCUAAAGAAAGAGCCAACGGACAGGGUUGAGGUUCUUCACUAUAAAUCGACCAUAGGUGUGAAUUUGAGUGAAUAGUGAAUAGUUUGUGUGGCCCAAUGAUUCACACAUUUGUUUAAAAGAGGGAACUCCGCUCUAGGCCAAUGAUUGUUGCGAUUGUCUGAACAGAACUUAGCCUCGGAGCAGUGAUUUCCAAGCAGUGUGCUGUGAGAGAUCAUCAGGUGCAAUGUUACAAAAUUAGAUUAAUUAAUUAAUUUCUUCAGAAAAUCAUUAUUUAUGUACUGCAAAUAAUGUGUCUUUGUCUGUGCAACUGUUAGCCGAGGAACCAUUAAAUACUGGUGCAAAAGAUAAAAACAAAAAACAAAGAAAAAAACUAACAAGAGACUCAGAGCCUGUAUAGGAUGUCUUUCUUCAAUUCCUGCCUAUAUAUCAGCGCUGUAUUCAACUUAACAGGCCCCUAGGUUUUGUAGUAAGUCAGUUAAUUGUUAGUAAAUUGGAACCUGGAGAUCAUUAUAUUUUAUUAAAAUAUGACCACACAUAAUACCAGACAAACAGGCACGCUGCGUCAUUGCAUUCAUUCUUCAGGCUUCACUGUGUGACAUUGUGUUGCCAUUUUCUUUACGAUUUCUGUGUUCCCUGGGCUGUAACUUAUUUGUCACAACAGGCUGUCGUUUCAGUCCCACACAGUCGCAGUGGCAGGGGUUAGAGAGCAGUUAACAUAUUUAAUUUUAUACGAAAUGUUUCUGGUCUACUAAUGUUUCCAAACUUUCUGACCCUGAAAGGGGGUCAGAUGGCGUUAAAGUAUUUCUUGUUUCAUACAAAUGAGAGAGAAUCUGCAUUUAAUUCAUCUGAAGGUUACUUCAGAGACUUUUAGUGUUUAAACAGGACGAACCCUAAAGCCAAUGGUUCCUUACACUCAAGGUGCUUUUGUGUUACUCGACUUCUAAAUGCCUGUGCCACUGCAUCAAUCUCACCCACACACGCUGCCAUAUGUGGGGGCCAUUUUUCUGUGGAGACAACUGUGUCAAAAUGUCCUCUUCGUUCACCCACUCAUGUUGGCCUCGGUAACUGACAGCAGUAGAAUCUGGUGUAGAACACAGAGAUUUAGACAAAUCACUUCCUUAUUUUCUCACUCACUAACACCUCUGUAACUGACAACAGCUGAAUGUACAGAAAAUGUCGACAUCUAUUGAAUCAUCAUUACUUUAACGUCAUCUGUCUGUUGGCUUUAAUAAACCCAUAAAAUCAUUAAAAUGAUAGAAAUAUGUAAUGUUUUUCCUCAGUAAUAGGAAAAGACAGCAUUGGUGAUUUAUAACAUUGAGAGGAAAUCUCUGUGUAGGUGCCAAAACAGAAUAUGUCCAAAGUCUGUAGUAUUUCUUUCUUUAUCUUAUCAAUUUGACAAAAGCGGAAACAACAUGAUUAGGAUAAAAAUCAUAGGAAUUGUUUGGAUUUUUUAAAAAUUGUUUGGACCAGAAGGCUGUUGGAUGUAAGGUGGUCUUAGGUGUUUACUCACUUGUUUAAGAGCAAGCAGCCCAGUGCAGGGGCUCCAUUUGCAAAGCGUCAUGUUUGGUCUAAUAUGCAGCAAGCCUGCUGCCUCUGAUUCACUGCCUGCCCACAUAUAUCCUGCUCCUCUCGUGGCGUCCACAGGGGGAACAUGACAGCUGCUGAUGUACAGCACAGCACAGGCACAAGUGGUCACGUCUGGGCUGCCUGGCUGCCUCCACAAACACCCCACACAUCUCUUAUUUACUGCCUAAAUCUGCAGACAGAAUGGGCUGCAUAUAUAUGUACAGUAGCUGAGCAGCAGUGGCACCGAAGAAAUACAGCUGUGUUCGCCAGAGCGGCUGAAGUCACUGUGAUGUUAUCUUCCGUCCUGGAUAAGAUAAGAUGGAGGGCUGGGUGAAGUCAGACGAGAUGAGCAGCAGACGAUAUUUAGUUGAGGCUUGUUAUUUAAAAGGAAAAAAAGAACAAAAAAAAACAGGUUGGAAAAUGUUUAAAACACACCUCACAGAAAUCCCGCAGGAAAUUUGUCUGUCUGCUGACCUGACAUCCAGCUUCACUGACCCACCCAGCAGACUCAGGCUGAUCUGACUGUGCCAACAUUCUCACAGUUCUGUUUAGACCUCAAAGCAAAUGUUUGAGAAUGCUAGGUUAGGUAUGACUUUUUUGACAGAUGUUUAUCCUACUGCUCCUGUCACCAAUGUCAUGGUUAUUAUAAAUCAUGGAAGUUGGAGUAAGACCACGUCACAUGUUGGUUUGAUGGUCCUUACAACUGAGACACACCAUCAAACCAAUGAAGACAGAAUUGAUAGACAUAAAUAAAAUAUUGUUUAUACGCAGAGGACACGUACCAAUCACAUACUGCAGACAGUACUUGUCAAUGUACUUUGUAUUAAGAUGUAUUUUAAUUAAGAAGCAAGGGCUGCUAUUUUUUUUUUCAAUACGUCUUUUAAAACUGCCAGUAAAGGCCCAUGAUGUAUUACUCCCAACAAUACUAUUAGAUGACUCUACAGCUGUGAGCAAAUUUUACUGCAGUAUUUCAGAACUGUAUGUCAGCCCCAGAUGUAAAUACACUCAUUUUUUAUAGCAGAUAUAAGUCACUUCACCCCUGCUCCAUGUGACCACCAUGACACAGGAAACAAUUUGUUUUAUUAUUUUCUCUUUUAGCAUGUCUACCACUGAUAUUCAUUUACAGACGUGCUUUUUUUAUACUCUGUGUACUUCAUUAUCUUUGAUAGCUCUUCUCCCUGUGCUCCUCCCUGUACCUACGGUAGCAGUGUCUGAUGUUAAAUUACAUUUCUGUAAUGUUUUUUUUUCUCUUCUUUUGACUACAUGCAUUUUGUAGUGUAAUUUCUUUUUAUUGUUUUCUGGAAUGAGUAUAAGGUGAUUCCCAUCCUUAGAAACAUGCCCAAUAAUUCACAGGGAGGUUAAGGAAGGAAUGCACACGUGGUAAUGGGGAUUUUGUUCUGCUAUGAAGAAUUUUCAGACAUGUGGUUUUCUUGCCAUCUCUGACAUGUUCUCCUGUAAUCACAUUAUCCUUUCUCAUGUUGCAACUGAACAAGUGAGCAGUGGAAAUUUAUGCUCUAGAAAUGGUUGUGUUUGAUGUUGUGUUUGCCAGCUACUGCUAUCUAAUACUUGCCAACUUUGUCCUGUGGAGUCUUCUGCUACAUGUGAAAGCACUCUGAAUAUCUAUAGCAGGUGGUACCCUCUCUGGUACCAUCUCUUUAUCCUCUCUAAAUCAACUAUUUUUUAAAUAAAGCAAAAGUGUGUCUCAAAGAUCCCACCACACCGGCACUCAUUGCCUUCAUGUUUAACGACUCUCUCUUUCUGAUGUGUUUCUUUUUAUGCCACUUUGAAUUUUUUUUCUCAGCAGCAUUUAAAGAGCAUCUGAUGUUGUUGGGGGUUUUUUUCCCUCUUCAGUCAGGAGACAGAAAUUGGCAUGAAUUGCAAAGAGAAUCUGUGUCGCAGCGAAUCCCGUGGUGUCUUCAGAAAAAGAGAGUGGCAGCGCUGCCUUAAAAUAGCCUCUUUUGAAAACCUGCGGGAAUCGUGUCCAGAAGAUGCUGAGAUGAGCUAAUGGUAGCCGCCAGUGUCAGAGGAGUGUUUGGAAGAACAAAAGGGAAAUGAUGAAAGUGGGUGCUGUCGACAAUUUGUCUCAUGUUUAUACAACAUUGACAGAACGGCUUUGUGCAAAUUGACUAUUUGAGUGUUUCUUUUUACCCAACUGUGAAAAUGUGUGUAUUGUGCCAUUCCAUCCGAGCUUCUGUUCUGUGUCACUCUGUUUCUCCUAUGCAAAUCUAUGACAUAUUUUAGCCUUUGUACAGAUUAUUUUGUAUAAGUAACAUGUAUUCAAAUAAAUUGCAGAGAAACAAGUGUGAGGGUUAUUUACUGGUUAUGAUUACCGUGGUCAUGUUAUCCAUGGACAGUUGUGUUUUCUCUACACAGAAGGUCUUUUGAAUUUUACCUGAAUGAGCCACAACAUCACAGCUGUAGAGGUGGUACUUGUUAAUUUUACAUGUUUCUUCAAGUGCAAUUAAAAUAAUCCAUUCUUAUUUCUGUGGGUUCUUUGCAGGAGGAAAAGACAAUGAGGAAAGGUGUACCGCAGCACGUAGUGUACAUUGACAGAUCAUCAGGCAAACCUUUGAAAAUUAUCCCAUUUCACCUAAUUGUCUGAAAAGUAUUGUUUAUUUACUGCAAUUAUUGGUCUUUGUUCUUCUAUGUAACAGUGACAGACAAAAAAAUACCCUUCUACUAGUAUAGUCCAUCCAAGUAUAUCCAUGCCAUGUUCAACUAAACAUGCCUAGGUUUUAAAGUAAAUUGCGACUAAAUUGAAACUAGAAGAUCAUUGUAUUAGAUUACAUAUACUUUUGUGAUAUUUUUGAAUGAUGGUGCACCGUGGGAUUUUCUUAAUGAAAACAUAUUUGUAAUAAUGGUUGGGAACCACUGGUCUACACGAAAACCCAAGAAACAUGAGGAUACUGUAGAAAUGUUGUUCAAAUACUAUUUGAUCUCAAACAGUAACCUAUAAAAAUCCAAAGUGUCCUUGGCACUGCUGUAUGUGAAUACUAAAUCACAGGGUUUCCUUUUUAGUUACGACAUCAAGCGCCCCCUGUGGUGACAGAAGGACACAGGUUCCAUGGAGUAUCUCUGUCUGUGAGUAUAUUUAUUCAGUAUAUGUAUUCAGUCAGUCUCUUACUGCUUGAUCUUUUUCAUUACUGCAGGAUGGAGCUGGACCUGGUCCCACUACUUGUCAAGAGCCUGGGCAGUUUACAGGCUGCACUUGGUCAUCUGACUGUAAUCGGACCCACCAUCCUACAUGGACAGUUCUGGAUUCUACCAGCGUUGCAGCUCAGCGUCAGGUCCCCAUGCCCCAUUUUUAGCCAGGCCCACACUCCUGUCAGCACUCUCACCGAUUCAGGUUGUCACAAUCAUAAUGUUAGAGUGGGACUGGUCUGCAGACUGACUGAAACUUUAACUGUUCACAGGUCGGCUCGUAGAGACCAUUAAAAACCAUGGACAGCGACCAGAGUCUAAAGAGGGCAGAGACCUUCUCUUACGUCAAUCCCUGGAUCAGAUAUUUUCUCUUCUUCUUCAGCUUCUUAUUUUGGGUUUUUUCUUUUGUAAUAGUUGGAAUUGGAGUGUAUGCUAAACUCCAGAAAGCCACAGACACAGUGCGGGACACGUUCCUGAUCGACCCAGCUGUCAUCCUAAUUGCUGUGGGGGUGGUCAUGUUCUUCAUUACUUUCUGCGGCUGCAUUGGAGCCCUGCGAGAGAACAUUCAACUUCUCAAGACGUUCUCCUUCAGCCUGACACUGGUCUUUCUGAUCCAGCUGGCCAUAGCAAUAAUGGGCUUUUCAUAUUCUGACCAGGCUCGUGGCGCUGUGGGAAAGUUUGUAAAGAAAGCAAUUGUGCACUAUCGAGAUGACCUGGAUCUGCAGAAUCUGAUGGAUUACAUCCAGAAAGAGUUCAAGUGUUGUGGGUGGAACAACUACACAGACUGGUCAUGGAACCUGUACUUUAAUUGCACUCUCUCUAACCCAAGCACUGAGCGCUGUGCUGUACCUUACUCCUGCUGCACUCGUGUUCCAGGAGAGGCAGUGAUUAACACCAUGUGUGGAUUUGGAGUUCAAACCCAGAACUACAUGGAGGCAAACAAAUCCAUCUACCCAGUCGGCUGUGCAGACAGGGCAGUGCUGUGGAUUGAGUCCCAUUUGUUGCUGGUGGGGGCUCUCGCCUUGGGGCUUGCUUUACCUCAGGUUGCAGGGAUCGUGCUGUCCCAGAUCCUGAUCUCUCAGAUCCAAGAUGAGAUUACCUCUAUGCUGUGAGAGCACAUCGACACAGGGGAGGAGAGUCAGGAGAAACUCAGCAGUACCUCACUCAGCACUUCAGGGACAGGGGAUUCCGGAUGCCCAGCAGUCUUAGGCAUGGAGAGAGAGGGCACUUUGCAUCAGACGAUGAGUCAGAGGGGAGUUUGGUCUCACAGCAUCACGCUCGACCAGAAGACAUCUGGGGAAAUUCAGCAAAACACAACAUGGUACAUGGAGGGGAACACUGAUUCAGACAAAGUACAAGAUGAGGAGCUGCCCUGAUCAAUAAUGAAAGUCCAACAUGUGCUACAGACAGGGGAUACAGAUUACAUAAUUGAAAUGUAUAACUGCUUUUGUACAUGGAUGGGAAGACAGGUGUAGCCUAACUGUACUGCAUUAAAAUCCAAAAAUAGUUACAUCGAGGGCAAUUGGACAGAGUAGGUAUUUUGAAGACACCUCUCAUCCAAGAGGCUUUUUCAGUUUUGACUGACGACUGGGAAGUUCUGGUAUUUAUCCUCAAAAAGGCUGCAAACCCAUGACGAGAGUCAUUGCAGAAAAGGUGAUGGAGGUGUGGUGGACCACAUCCUAUUCUAAGGAGGGCCGGAUGUCAGAAGGUUAGAGGCGUGAGUGGGGAGUGCUACCAUAGCUAUGGACAAAUAGUUUCUCCCCCCCAAAAAUUCAACCCCCUCCCUGAAAACAAGAGCACAGUUUCAUUUCAGAGGACACCCAGCCAAAAGUGUCGCUCAGGUGAAACUAUUAGUCCAUAGCUAUGGUAUUACUCCCCAUUCACACUCCUAACCUUGUGACUCCCGCCCUCCAUAGAAUAGGGUGGGUUUCACAACACCUCCACCACCCACCCCCACCCCUUUCUGCAAUACCUGCUCGUACCUACUUGUUACGUGUUUGCAGCCUUCUUGAGGAUAAAUACCAGAAUUUCGCAGAAUCAGUCAGAACUGAAGAAGCCUCUUGGAUGAGAGGUGAAAUGUCUUAAAAAAAUCUACUCUGUCCAGUUGACCUGGAUGACUGAGAACCUACACACACAUACUGCAUUACAAUGGAUUCAUGUUUGGACUCUCUUUCAUUCACUGAGCAGGAUUUGUGCAUUACCUCCCCAGUUUCUGGUGAUGCUUGUUGUCCGACUUCAUUGCCGCCUGAAUAAGUAGCUGAUUAAAGACAUCUCUCUGCAAAACAACAGUAGACAAAUAAUGAACAAACCUAUUGGUAAGUCUAUAUUUUUUUAACAAAUAAUUACUUUAUAUUCUUUUUUUUGUGACGCUCCAUAUGAGAGGCCCUAAAGGGGAGCACCACAAGCCACAUCUGACCCACUAGGAUCCUAUUUGCUGAGUGUAAACUGUAAAAUAUAUAAGGUUUUCUUUCCUUUGCUUUAAUUUGCUUUCAUUAGCACAUGGAUCUGUCAAUAGGCAUUAAUAGGCUGUUAGCAAGAACAGAAUUAUUACUGAUCAAUACAGUUUGGGCUAAAAAGUGAAAAACUGGAAGUCUAUUAAUUUUGCCACCAGCAGGAGGUUCAAUUAAAUGUAAAUGUCACCAUGUUUGAAAAUAAAUGAAUGAAAAUGUCAUUUAAAAAAA